UACAAAUAAACAUAUUUUUUUAGAAUUGAAUAGCUACCUAUAUGUUUUAUUUAAAAAAUGGCUAAUUUUAAGUCAUUAAACACAAAAAAUUAUCGAAAGCCUUCUACUGUCGUGACCUCUGAUUUUUCAUAUUGGAAACGUUUAAGUGUUCCUACUUUAGUUAAAGAGUUUGGUGCUAUAGAUUAUAUAGAUUUCAGUCCUGUAGAACCGUAUUAUUUUGCAGCUACGUGUUCUGUUCGCGUACAAGUUUAUAAUCCUAUAACCAAGUUGGUUGUAAAAAAUUUAUCUAAAUUUCAAAAAAAUGCUUAUGGAGGAAGUUUUCGGAAAGACGGCCGCUUACUUGUUGCAGGAGAUGAAGAAGGUUUUGUAAAGUUGUUUGAUGUUGCGAGCAAGAAUGUUUUAAGACUUUUUAGAGGACACAGAGCGCCAGUACACAGAGUGUUUUUUACAUCAGAUUUAUUACACUUAGCAAGUUUUUCAGAUGACAAGACCGUAAAAAUUUGGGAUAUUGGAACUGAAAAAAUCUGUAGAUCUUUUGAAGAUCAUAGCGAUUAUAUUAGAGCUGGAUGCGUUAAUCCAACAUCUUCAAACAUAAUUCUAUCUGGUGGAUAUGAUAAUUUAGUAAAGAUGUACGAUACAAGGGCAGAUGGAAUAUCGUUUGAAGUUGACCACGGUUGCCCAGUAGAAUCAUUAUUAUUCUUACCUACUGGUGGAAUUUUUAUAAGCGCGGGUGGCACCGAAAUCAAAGUAUGGGAUGCUAUAGCUGGUGGAAAACUUUUAACAAAAUUUUCACCCCACCAUAAAACAAUCACGUGCUUAAAAUUAGCUAGUAAUGGGAAAAGAAUUUUAUCAGGUGGUCUUGAUCGUCAUGUUAAAGUUUUUGAUGUUGCAAGUUAUAAAAUAGUUCAUAAUUUUGAUUUCCCAAAUUCCAUAUUAAGCUUUGGAGUAUCGCCGAAUGAUCAAACAUUUGCUGUUGGAAUGGUAGAUGGAUUGAUUUCUAUACAAAAUAUGGAAAAAGCAGAAAAUGUCUCAGCAGGGAAAAAGAAAAAUUUGCCGUUAGUCGAUUCGGCUGAUCAUAUAGUUGACGAUUAUAAAAUGAGGAAAGAAAAAAAAUAUGAUCGUUGGUUCCGUAAAUAUGAGUAUACAAAAGCAUUAGAUGAAGUAUUAUCCCCAUAUAUAGCAAAUAAAACACCUCAUGUUACUAUUUCUGUAAUGCAAGAAUUGAUUCAUAGAAAAGGUUUAGCUCGGGCUCUUGCCGGAAGAACAAAUAAUUCUAUUGCAAUAAUUAUAAGAUUUAUAAAAAAACAUUUGGGAGAACAUCGUUUCAUGAGGGUAAUGAUCAAUGUUGCUAACACUUUACUAGAUGUAUAUGAAGACAAAUUUCAAGACAUAACCAGCGAUUUGGGAAGAUUAUUUUUAGAUUUAGCUGAAUGUCUUCAUCAAGAAGUAUAUUUAAGUUUAGAUUUACUGGAAUUGGAGGGAGCUUUUGAAAUGCUCAUUUCAGCUGCCAAGGUAACAGAGGACAAAGAUGAAUGCUUUCACUUCACACAGGAUAGAAGUAAGAUAAAGCAAUCUGAAACGGCAAAAGAAGAAACAAUUAUUUUGGUGUAAAUAUGUUUAUUAAAAAAAUAGUCUAGUACAUUAUACUUUUUAGUCAUGAAAUUUAUACUCAAAAUAAUGUGGUAUUGUAAUUCUAUACUAUACGUAUUGAGAUGAGUUCUAGAGUAAGUUAGGUUAGGGAUAUUGAUAAGUCUGCCCAAAAAAUAAUAAAACAAUUUUAAAACUU